UUACUGUUCGUCUCUUGCUCUAUCAAUCUCACUCGGCUGUUUUCAGCAAGUAGAAUUAUAUUCUAGGGCUUCAGUUUUUGUAUCUGCACUUGGAAUUGCAGUUGAAAAAUGGCGGACGAAGCAAAUAGAACUGCUUUUAUUGAAAUUCAGGGUCGAAUGAUAGAGACUACCGGGAAAUUGAAGCAGGUUCAAACCCAGAUUCGAAACAAAGAAACCGAGAAGAAGCGUGCUUAUUUGACAUUGGAGGAACUGAAACAGCUGUCUGAUGAUACCAAUACAUACAAAGCCAUAGGAAGAACGUUUGUCUUAGAGCCAAAGGCUGUGUUAAUGAAUGAGCAAGAGCAAAAACUCAAGGAUGGUGAAACUGCAAUUGCCUCUUUGCAGACUUCUAAAGAGUAUUUGGAAAAGCACAUGGCGGAGGUGGAGAAUAACCUUAGGGAGCUCUUGCAACAAGAUCCUGGUCUUGCUCGUCAGAUAAUGACUAUGUCUGUAGCAUAGAUUUUCUGCUUCUGAAGUUCGUUUUGUCAACUCUUUCCUUGGAAGAAAAAAAAAGAUAGCUUCUCAAAGAUUUUCUGGAACUUCAAAUUCUAGGUAAAGAAUACAUUGGGUACUGGCUGUAUGAGGAACUUAUCCACCUGAUUUCUGGCACUUCAACUAUUGCUGCUGUGUUGGUCGUAAAUCGUAAUGCUUGCUUCUAUUGGACCUGGAGUUGGUCUAGAGACUGCUGCGGGUGAAGUUGCAAUUCAUUAGAAAUGUUGUGUAUUAGCUACCUUAACAAUUUUGUGGCUUGAAUUUCCAAAUAAUUAAGGAAACAAGUGGUUGGAUGCA